AUGUCACACCAGUAUGACUAUCUGGCACAUGCUGUUCUAGGCCUUGGAGCUUCACAUCUAUCACAACAUGGCAACGUCGACUACACGUCGCAAGCUUUACAGCAUCGCGUCACUGCUAUGAAGCUUGUUAAUGAACAACUGGAUCAUCCGCCAACAAAGCCCGCCGAUCAGGAUGCGCUGUUCGCGGCAGUGAUAUGCCUCGUCACCCAAUCGUCACUUAUGCCGGAUAGCAUGAUUGACUAUAUUACAACAACAAGAGGCGGCAACUUGGUCGCAUCUACUAUUAUUACAGACUAUGAAAAGUCCAUCUUCAAGUACUUUACACCCAUGGAACAUGAUCGAUCUCUAGAGAGGCUCAUCAGUGAGCAGCCAAGAAAUUUUGAGGCCAUCGAGGGCUUUCACGCUUCCGCACUGCGAAUAUUGCCAUUGUGCCAGAAGCCGACCGAGGUAUCAUAUUGUGAAUGUAUGAUCAGAUGCAUCAAUAACUUACGCACUUCGUGUCUAGAAGCUUGGAGAGAGUUUGUCAUUUUAUUCAUUAUGCCAACUACCUUCAACAACCAAGACUUUAUGGAAUUUGUUGAUUACAAGAAUCACACAGGCCAUCUCUUGAUCAUCCACAUGUUCCUUUUGGACUACGUACUUGGCAAUGCCUGCCUCUCUAAAUCCGACGAGCCGGAAUACCCUGGGAGGAAAUUCGUCAUCAUCAAUUGGACUAGGGAUUUAGCCCGCAGAUUACCGUCCUCGUAUAAAGAGUACACCGAAUGGCCGCUGGAGUACUGCAAAGUUCUGGCUGAGAGAGAUGCGCGGUAUCUCCUCAGCCCGUGA